CCAAACGAAACGAAACCCGUUCGCGGCUUGCUUGCCAUUCCCACGUAAAUCUGUACAGUGCAAGCGCUGCAUUUAAUGCUCUCCAACCUUUGGUGUCCCUCCCAAACGCCCCCCCCCCCCCACCGUCGCCUCUGCCCGCAGAUGCGGUUGCGACCGCAGCGGCGAGAUCGAGUCCAUGCCACGGGCUUUGGUGUCUGCCCUGCUUGAGUUCUUGAUUCUGGGAAGGCUCGCCUCGUUCUCCUCGCAUUGAUCGCGUCCUUUGGUGGGAGGAGUAGAGCAGGCAGAAAAGAGGGUUCUUCCUUUUGUUUCUUGGCUUCUUCAGUCCUUUCUGGGUUGUUGAUUUCUUGGAAGUGGUGUGGCGAUGAGGCGGCAUGGGUGGCAGCUCCCGUACCACCCUCUCCAGGUGGUGGCCGUGUCUGUGUUCUUGGCGCUGGCUUUCGCGUUCUACGUGUUCUUCGCCCCCUUCGUUGGGAGGAAGGUGUUCCAGUACGUGGUCAUGGGACUCUACACUCCUCUGGUUUCAUGUGUCUUCUUUCUAUACAUCUGGUGCGCUGCAGCAGACCCAGCAGACCCAGGGGUCUUCAAAUCAAAGAAGUAUCUGAGCUUGUAUGGAAGUGGCAAGCACAAGCAUAUGAAGGAAUCCAGAAAAGGUGUUCCAGAUGCUAGGUCACAACUAGAGGGAAUUGAAGAAAAGCAAGAACACGAGGUUGCAGCUGCUAGUGAGAGUUCAAUGACUCAACACAAGGACAAUAAUUCAUCUUGCUGCAGUGCAACCUCCUCUGCAUUUCUCCUUAUGUUCUACCCGCUCUCUUUUGUUUUCUCCUGCUGCCAAUCACAUGAAUGGUCCUCUGAGCAGCAAGCCAGUGAGGAAGGGAUGUUUUUCUGCAGCCUAUGUGAAGUUCAGGUGUUGAAGUACAGUAAGCAUUGCAGAGUUUGUGACAAAUGUGUUGAUGGUUUUGAUCAUCACUGCAGGUGGCUCAACAAUUGUAUUGGAAAAAGAAACUAUAGGAGGUUUUUUAUUCUGAUGUCUACUGCCCUUUUCUUGCUUAUCCUACAAUCAGCAAUUGGAGUAUUGGUGCUAGUGCUAUGCUUUGUUGAGCGGAAGGAAUUCUCUAUGCAAAUUGUCUCAAAGUUAGGAAGCAGCUUCUCUGUAGUGCCUUUCGUUAUUUUGGUGGCAUCAUGUACCAUCCUAGCCAUGGUUGCUUCACUGCCAAUUGCCCAACUUCUCUUUUUCCACAUUCUUCUGAUAAAGAAGGGAAUCAGUACGUAUGACUACAUCAUGGCCCUGAGAGAGCAAGACCAAGAAGAUGCUAGUGGGCAGCAGAGUCCAGAGAUGUCUCGUGUAAGCUCUUACACUGGACUCAGCAGUGCUAGUUCCUUUGGUGCACUCCGUCGUGGUUCAUGGUGCACUCCUCCAAGGCUGUUUCUUGAAGAUCAGUUCGAUGUUAUUCCAUCAGAGGCUGGCUCUUCGCAUAAUUCUGCUACCAAGAGAAAAGAAGAGGAAGUAAGGAGGAAGAAGGGCUCAAGGGCGGUGAAAAUAAGUCCAUGGGCAUUGGCUCGUCUCAACGCAGAAGAAGUUUCUAGAGUUGCUGCAGAGGCACGGAAGAAGUCCAAAGUUUUAGUGCCUAUCAGAAAAGAUGAGUAUUCGCGAGGCCAUGAAACAGAUAGUAGCUAUGGAGGAAUGAGCAGUGGUAGGAUUGAUCUAGGCCCCGAUAGCAAGAGGAGAACAAACAGAAGAGGAAGACAGCUCAGUGAUCUCUCUCUCAAACCUGUUGCGAAGAUAUCUACAGAUGCUAUCGAUAGUACAGGCAGUGACAUGGCCCCUGAAGCACUGUCCAAUUUGGCACCGUUGCAACUCGAGGCACGGAGUGCUUUUCAUCCAAGUAGAACUGCAUCCUCUGCUAACGUUGGCGGGUCAUCUCCAGAUAGCAGUUUGGACUCGCCUGAUCUGCACCUGUACCGAGUCUCAGCUUUCUCCUCAUCUGGAGCUGAAGACUUGCAACUGACAGCUCUCACUGCCCCAGGAAGCACUCCACAGCAAGGGAUUGAGCUGUCGAGAUCGACCAGUGAUGGGUAUGAAGCAUCAGGGGGUGAAGACAGUGAUCGCAUUCCAUCACGGAUAGUUCAUCGCUCGUCGAACUGGGCAAGCAUCAUCAUCAACUCUGACCAGAGUGCAUCCUCAUCUGGCAUCCUUGUGCCAAAGAACAGAUUGUCCUGACUUCAAACUAAGUCCAUGUUCGACUUCAGUUCAAUGAAGAUUGUAAAUGAUCAGCUGAGAACUGGGGAGCUCAAUAUCCCUUGUUUGUUGUCGGUGCCAAAUCUUGUCAUGGCGAUGGUUGGAUACUGAGCAGAUCGUUAUUAUUUUUUUUGUAGUUUUUAAAUUGCUAGGUAGGCAAGGCAAAGAUAUUUGGACCCAGGCGCUUAUAAUUUUGCUGUUCAGACGACAAUGAACUGAUUUAUUAGAAGUGAUACCUUCGGUCUCUCGGAUCAAUGCCUGAUUGUCUUGGUUGGUGAUUGUUCUUGAGGUUGACUUGUCGGCUCCGAUCAUGUGUUGUGUGUGAUGAAAACAAUGGCAUGUGUAUACUGCAGUCGGCGACUAGACGU